AUGUUCACCACCACCUUCACCGGCGUUCGCGUCGUCACGCAACAACAGCGAGGAGCGAAGAAGAUCGAUACCUCGGUCGUCGCUCGACGCACCAAGGCGUCGGUGCCGGCGAAGCGAUCGGCGUUCAAGGCGAACAAGUUUGGCUCGCUCGCGCCGCCGGAUUUGUACCCGGAGUUCGGCACGUACCCGGGCGGGGGCGAAUCGCCGGUGAUUCCGUUUGGGUCGGAGAAGAACGCCGAACGCGAGAUCAUCCACGGCCGAUGGGCCAUGCUCGGUGUCACCGGUGCCUGGGCCGCCGAAAACGGUACGGGUAUUCCGUGGUUCACCGCCGGUACCUUGUGCACCCCGGAUGACUGCACGGCCGUCGCGGAUAAGUUCCCGGGCGCCGUGGCGCCGCUCGCGCCGGCGGGCUCCGGCUACCCGAACUUCUGGGCCGUGCUUGCGAUCGAGAUCUUUCUCGUCGGCUCCGCCGAGUGCUACCGCACCGGUCUCUUUGAGAACCCGUUCCCGGAGCUCACGCAAGGUGACGUGACCCCGGGCGGCCGCUUCGAUCCGCUCGGCUUCGCGGAAGCGGGCGACCUCGAAGAGCUCAAGAUCAAGGAGCUCAAGCACUCCCGCCUCGCGAUGUUCGCCUGGUUGGGCUGCAUCAUGCAAGCGCUCGCCACCCAAGAGGGUCCGAUCGCGAACUGGACCGCGCACGUCGCGGACCCGAUCCACGCCAAUGUGCUCACCAACGCGGCGAAGGGCUUCAAGUUCUAUUAA